UCCUUUCGGCCUUCGCCCGCGCGGAGGGAAGGUCGAGCACGGGAGCGAGGCUUGGGUCGGCCCCGCCAUUUCUCUCGCCUUCGGUCUCUUGUGUGUCACAGAGCGUGCGACUGCGCCAUGUUGGGACAGGCCGUGCGGAGGUUCACGACCUCCGUGGUCCGUAGGAGCCACUACGAAGAGGGCCCGGGGAAGAAUCUGCCCUUUUCUGUGGAAAACAAGUGGAGGCUGCUGGCCAUGAUGACUUUGUUUUUUGGGUCUGGAUUUGCCGCACCCUUCUUCAUCGUCCGACACCAGCUGCUUAAGAAAUGAGGCUCUUUGAGAUGACGGCGUUUCAAGACGUGCAGCCUGUGAAAGAUGGAUCAAACUCUUGAGCUUGGAGCGUACUAGAUGUUUGUAAAUAAACUGCUGACAUGAA